GAGAUGCUGUUGCGAGCCCUGAACUUCUGCAGUGCAGAUCAGCUGAAGGUGACGCUGGAGAACUCCGGCACCGUCCUGGCGGAGGCCGUGCUUCCGAUGAGGGCCUCCAUCCCCGAUGUGCUGCUGGCUUGUGCCAGCUCCGACUCACAGGAUGUGGAAGAGCCAGCGCUGAAUUUGCCGAACAAGGCAUGGCUGCCACGGCAUCGAGCAGUCCUACGGCCAACAGGCCUGCAGGACUUCAGCGCACAAGGUGCGGGCGGCUGGGGCUCCAAGCAGCCAUACAUCGAACUUGAGUUGCUGCAGUUGGUGGACGGGUCUUUGCCCGCCGCGCUGGGGAGCAAGCCGCUGAUGCUGGCUUUGGAGAACAAGCAGGAGCAGCUCGUGCGCGGGUACCUCUCCUUCGACUAUGUUGAAAGACUGAGCUUGCAGGAGCAGGCUCUCUGCAUCACUGCUGCGAUUCAGCAGCGGUCACCGUUCAUGCUCCUCCAGCUUCUGGAUCAGAUCCAUCCUACGCAUGAGCACCUUAUCAUGGCCAUCCGGCUCGGGCAAGAGCAUCUUCUGGAUCCUUUGCUGCAUGCCGGCGGCCUGGCCCUCGUGCGCUCGAAGCAGCUGUUGCGCCGCACUCAAGAUAAAGCAAACAAGUCCGCGGCUUGCAGCCUUCCGAUGGCCAUGCUUCAGCGAGCCCGGCCGCAGAGCCUGCGGCUGUGUACACUGCGAGGGAGCCGAAGUUUGCGAACGUUCCCCCAGAUCAAUCCGCGAACCUCGGAGACUUUUAAAGUCUACGAAGAAAUGGGCGGCGACGAGGUGCAGAGAAUCCUGUCGAGCGCAGCCGCUGCUCAACAGGCCUGGCGCCGGCGAAGUGCCUCGGAGCGGGUGGCGGCCUUUGCGCCCUUGGCAACAGCACUGCGCAGCCGAGCGGAGGAGGUCGCGGAUCUCGUUUGCCAAGAAAUGGGGAAGCCGGUUCAGCAAGGCAAGGCAGAGGUGCUGAAGUGCGCGUACCUAGUCGACUGGUACGUCGAAAACGGGGCAAAGUUCCUUGAAGACACGGAAUAUCCGGCGCUUCCAGGCUUUCAGAAGUCCUUCGUGACCUACCAGCCCUUGGGAACGGUGCUUUCUGUCAUGCCGUGGAACUUCCCAAUCUGGCAAGUCAUCCGCAUGGGAAUACCUACCCUGAUGGCUGGGAAUGCUGUUCUUUUGAAACAUGCCCCGAAUUGCUUCGGCAGUGGGCUAGCAUGUGAGGACAUGCUUGCCCAGCUAGACAUCCCAGAUGGUCUCUUCCGGUCUCUGAUCAUUGACGUGCCGCAAGUGUCAACUGUUCUGGAGCACCCCUCCGUGCAAGGAGUUGCCCUGACCGGCUCGGAGGGUGCGGGCCGCGCAGUCGCCGCCAAAGCAGGGGGAUUACUGAAGAAGGCCGUCAUAGAACUGGGCGGCAGCGAUGCCUAUGCGGUCCUGGCAGACGCAGAUCUAGACGUAGCUGCAGAUGCCGUGGUGAAUGCUCGCGUGGCCAACUCAGGGCAGACAUGCAUCGCCCCAAAGAGGGCCAUCGUGGACAAGCGCAUCAAGGCUGCCUUUGAGCAGAAAGUGAUGGAGAAGGUGGCUUUGAAGAAGUACGGCGUGGAUUUUGGACCCCUGGUGCAUCCCAAAGGUCGCGACGACGUGGCAGCACAGGUGGAGGAGAGCCAGGCACAGGGGGCCAGGCUGCUGUGCGGUGGGCCGACGGAGCCACCGACCGGCGACUGUGGUACGUCGUUCUAUCCGCCCACCGUGCUCACCGACGUGAAGCCAGGCAUGACCGCCUUUGAGACCGAGAUCUUUGGGCCUGUCAUCGCCAUCAUUGAGGCCGAAGACGAGGAGGAUAUCCUGCGGCUCGCGAAUCAAACAAGUUAUGGCCUUGCGGGAGCUGUGUUCACAAAAGAUGUGCGGAAGGGGGAGCAUCUCGCUGUGAAGGAGAUCGAAGCCGGCAUGUGCUUCGUGAACGACUUCGUGCGCUCCGACCCCUCCUUGCCAUUCGGCGGUGUCAAAAACUCAGGCCUAGAUUUCCUUUACUUCCUCGUGGCCUUGCGAGGCCUCAGCGUGCAAUCAGAGUUCUUUUGCUUGGAUGUGGCGAGCGUGGCAUACUUGUCCAGGAGGUGGACAAGGGCGGGGACUUCCAUCUGCACGGGUCUCAGAGUUAUGCUGGGCUGUGCUCAUGCCUCGGCUGUGCACAGAUUAGACUGGCGGAACAGUGAUUGUUCCGCUCAAAGUCUCCGGGUUCGGGUCCUCCCAGCUCUUCCACAGGUGCCGACCCAUCCAGGAGCGACGGUGAGGUCACGUUCUGCCGGCAUUUUGAAGGAGCCUCUGGCUUUGGCUUGCUCUUUAGGACAGGUGGGCUGUGUGGAGGCUCUCUGCCUGUGGGGGCGCCGCCAGCGACUGCAGAUCGACCCCACUGCCCCGCAGGUGACGCCUCUCAACCUGGCCCGCCGCGAGUUACUCGGAGUCAUUGGGUGGGAAGAUAUUGACACUUCCACUUUAGGCGAUCCACCAAUGAUCAUGGUGGUGAGAGGGCAAGGCAGCCUAGAACAGAAGCUUCAGCUCAUCUCGGUUCUAUGCAGCUAUAACUUCUCGGUGGAUGUCCGCAGCCCCAGGGACAGCUGGACUCCUCUCCUAGCAGCAGUGGAGCGUGGUUCCAUUGAGCUGGUUCAAGCUCUGGUGGCUCAGGGCGCCCGCAGCUCGCCGGAUAGUGUCCUCGGCUUCACUCCAUUACACCUGGCCUGCCAGAUGGGGCACUGGCAUCUCAUCUCCUGCCUGGUCGAGGCCAUGAACAAGCAGUAUCGCAGUAUGUCAGCCUGGGGGCCAUCACCGCAGUAUGUUUCUCUCAACGUGGCAGACGUGUACGGAAGGACAGCUUUGGAUAUUGCCCUGCUGCGAUACUUCAACGACGAGUCGGAGAGUUAUGGCACGGCAGCCGCUGCUGAGGGCAACGGCCAAAAGGCUGUAAAUGUGCUCCGCGAGUUCAUCCAUCGUAGGCCAGCCGACGACGCUGGAGUGGUUUGUGGUUGGGAGCUGCUUCAGGUGAUGAACCUGAUCGCCAUUCCGUCGAAGAAGGCGAUGAAUGCCCAGCUUGCAGACUGCAACCGGAUGGUGGAAGGUUCACCGAACUCGGCAAACGCUGACUCUGGAGAAGCCGACAAGGAAACUGCUGAAGGCUUCAACGACGUGAGGGAGGUCUUGGAGGCUGUCCGAAUGCUCGUCAAGGCUGGUGCCCAGACGCGCUUUCUGCUGGAAGACCUCCUGGAGCCUGCUACGAACCCUCCAGUCGCCAGUCCCAUCUUCAAGUCGGCCGCACAGCCAGCAAGGACCUCGCCGAAAUACAGUCUACAGGAGGGUGAGGUUGGUGAGAUGGAAGACAGCGUAGAUGACGAAAGCUUUACAAGCUGA